CGGCGCCCGCGGAGAGUCGGCCGCGCACGCAGGUUGCUUGCGGUGUUGAAUGUUGAGAAGCUAUGACGUCCCGCGUGCCGUUCCUCGUGCUCCUGUGGGGCGCCCUGGGGAUGGCGGAUGCCGCCAAGAUCAUCGUGGUGCCGCCCAUCAUGUUUGAGAGCCACCUGUACAUCUUCAAGGCGCUGGCGUCCGCCCUGCACGCACGGGGCCACCGCACCGUGUUCCUGCUGUCGGAGGGCCGCGAGCUGGCGCCCUCGCCCCACUACGGGCUGCAGCGCUACCCCGGCCUCUUCAACAGCUCCGCCUCGGACGCCUUCCUGCAGGCCAAGAUGCGCAACAUCUUCUCGGGGCGGCUGACGGCCGUGGAGCUGUUCGACAUCCUGGACCACUACACGCAGAACUGCGACAUGAUGCUGGGCAGCCGGGCGCUGAUGCGGGCGCUGCGGCGCGAGCGCUUCGACCUGCUGCUGGUGGACCCCAACGACAUGUGCGGCUUCAUGGUGGCGCACCUCCUGGGCGUGCAGUACGCCGUGUUCUCCACCGGCCUCUGGUACCCCGCCGAGGUGGGCGCGCCCGCACCCCUGGCCUACGUGCCCGAGUUCAACUCGCUGCUCACGGACCGCAUGAGCCUGGUGCAGCGGAUGAAGAAUGCGGGCGUGUACCUGGUGUCCCGGCUGGGCGUCAGCCUCCUGGUGCUGCCCAAGUACGAGCGGAUCCUGCAGAAGCACGGGCUGCUACCCGGCAAGUCCAUGCACGACCUGGUGCAGGGCUCCAGCCUCUGGAUGCUCUGCACGGACGUGGCGCUGGAGUUCCCCCGGCCCACGCUGCCCAACGUCGUGUACGUGGGCGGCAUCCUCACCAAGCCGGCCGGCCCGCUGCCCCACGAUCUGCAGAGCUGGGUGGACGGGGCCAGCGAGCACGGCUUCGUCCUGGUGUCCUUCGGGGCCGGCGUCAAGUACCUGUCGGAGGACAUCGCUCACAAGCUGGCCGGGGCCCUGGGCAGACUGCCCCAGAAGGUGAUCUGGAGGUUCUCUGGGACCAAACCGAAGAAUCUGGGGAACAACACAAAGCUCCUGGAGUGGCUGCCGCAGAAUGAUCUGCUGGGGCAUCCGCACAUCAAGGCCUUCCUGAGCCACGGAGGCCUGAACAGCAUCUUCGAGACCAUGUACCACGGCGUCCCGGUGGUGGGCGUCCCCCUCUUCGGGGACCAUUACGACACGAUGACGCGGGUGCAGGCCAAGGGCAUGGGGAUCAUGCUGGAGUGGAAGACGGUCACGGAGGUGGAGCUUCACGAGGCCCUGGUGAAGGUGAUCAACGACCCCAGCUACCGUCAGCGGGCCCGGCAGCUGUCGGAGAUCCACCGGGACCAGCCCGGGCACCCCGUGGAGCGGACCGUGUACUGGAUCGAGUACAUCCUGCGCCACCGCGGCGCCCACCACCUGCGGGCGGCCGUGCACCAGCUGUCCUUCUGGCAGUACUUCCUCCUGGACGUGGCCGCGGUGCUCCUGCUGGCCGCCGCCCUGCUCUCCCUCCUCCUGUCCUGGGCCGCGGCGCGCGUCUGCAGACGCGUCCGGCGCUGUUGGCCCAGACGCGGGCCCAGCCUGGCGAACGGACCUCCCCACAACGGGGUCCUGAACGGCAGGUGCAAACGGAACGGCCACGUCCCGCAGGAGAAGAAGACCAAGUGA